UAUUUACCACAUCUCUACUUCUAUAUAAACCCGCAACGCAAUCUUUCCUAGUCACUACCAAAAUAAUAUCUCCUUUCCUUCAAAUCAAAUAUAACAAUGUUGAAGCCACAGGUCUACCAAUCUCGGUCUCCAAAAACCCUGUUCUUAUUGCCUAAACCCUUCAUCCAUGAAAAUGGAGGCCAAACCCAUCUUUCUGUCCUUUCAAGGCCCUCAUUACUUAAAACGCAGAGAAAGAUUAGAGUCGGGUAUAAACCAGGGAACGUACAAGCCAUAUCAGAAAUUACAGAGAAGCAGCUCAAGUCUACAAAAGUGAAAGCUAUAGUGACUGUGAACAGAACUGUUGGAGGGUUCUUGUCAAACCUAGGGAUAAAUAGAGGACUUGAUGAUGUUACUGAUUUGCUUGGCAAAACUCUCCUACUCGAGCUUGUCAGUGCUGAGCUUGAUUCCAGGACUGGGUCGGAGAAGCCAACGAUUAAAGGGUAUGCGCACAAGAAGGAUGAAAAAGGAUCAGAAAUCAUAUAUGAAGCAGACUUGGAGGUUGAAGGUAGUUUCGGACAAGUGGGUGCCAUUCUUGUUGAAAAUGAGCAUCACAAGGAGAUGUUUGUCAAGGAUAUUGCCCUCGAAGGUUUCAUUACAGGCACUGUCAAUAUUUCUUGUAAUUCGUGGGUUCAUGCCAAGAAUGACAACAAGCGUAAAAGAGUCUUCUUCGCUAAUAAGUCAUACUUACCAUCAGAGACGCCGAAUGGAUUGAGGAGGUUGAGAGAGGCAGAGCUUGAACUUCUACGAGGCAAUGGCAAAGGGGAGCGCAAGAAAGGCGAGAGGAUAUAUGAAUACGAUUUCUAUAAUGAUCUCGGCAAUCCAGACAGUGACCCAGACCUCAAAAGACCCGUGCUCGGCGGCAAAGAGAACCCUUACCCUAGACGUUGCAGAACAGGAAGGGCAAGAUGCAACACAGAUACACUUUCUGAAUCAAUAAGCAGCAGCGUCUAUGUUCCUCGUGAUGAAGAAUUCUCAGAAGUGAAGGAGCACACGUUUUCGGCGAAGACAGUCUACUCAGUAUUGCAUGCAUUGGUCCCGCAGUUAGAGACUGCACUGGUAGACCCUGACCUUGCAUUUCCAUACUUCACAGCCAUAGAUUCUCUAUUCAAUGAAGGAGUCAACUUGCCUCCACUUAAAGAACAAGGUUGGAAAGAUAUUCUGCCUAACCUUAUCAAGACUAUUACAGAUGAAGCUAAAGAAGUUUUGGCAUUUGACACCCCGGACACAAUGGAAAGGGACAGAUUUUUUUGGUUUAGGGAUGAGGAAUUUGGUCGCCAAACUCUAGCUGGUCUAAACCCGAUGAGCUUACAAUUGGUCACGGAAUGGCCUUUAAAGAGUGAAUUGGAUCCUGAAAUCUAUGGGCCGCCGGAAUCAGCAAUCACCACAGAAAUGAUUGAGCAGCAAAUCCGAGGGUUUAUGACAGUUGAAGAGGCUAUAAAACAAAAGAAGCUGUUCAUGCUUGACUACCACGAUUUGUUCUUACCAUUUGUGAGCAAGGUAAGACAGCUUGAAAACACCACAUUAUACGGGUCUCGGACAAUUUUCUUCUUAACCCCUGAUGGCACAUUGCGGCCACUAGCUAUUGAGCUCACUCGCCCGCCGAUGGACGGAAAGCCACAGUGGAAGGAUGCUUACGUACCAACUUGGCAUUCUACGGGUGUUUGGCUUUGGAGGCUUGCCAAAGCUCAUGUCCUUGCACAUGAAUCUGGCUAUCACCAACUUAUUAGCCAUUGGUUGAAAACACAUGCUUGCACAGAACCAUACAUAAUUGCAGCCAACCGUCAACUUAGUGUAAUGCAUCCGAUUUAUAGGCUCUUGCACCCUCAUUUCCGAUAUACAAUGGAGAUCAAUGCUUUGGCUCGACAAGCACUAAUCAAUGCAGGCGGGAUUAUUGAGUCUUCAUUUUCUCCUGGAAAGUAUUGUCUGGAGAUGAGCUCUGUUAUUUACGACAAGCUAUGGAGGUUUGACCAACAGGCAAUGCCUCAGGAACUUAUCAGCAGGGGAAUGGCUGUUCAAGAUCCAUCGGCUCCACAUGGUGUAAAACUAAGAAUUGAAGACUACCCAUUUGCCAGUGAUGGACUACUUCUAUGGGAUGCGAUUAAAGCUUGGGUAAGUGACUAUGUCAAUCACUACUAUCCAGACCCAAGCCUGAUAUUAUCCGAUAAGGAACUCCAGGCAUUUUGGACCGAAGUUCGAACAGUUGGUCAUGGUGAUAAAAAGGAUGAACCCUGGUGGCCUGAGUUGAAAACACCUAAAGACCUGAUAGAAAUCGUCUCAACAAUUGCAUGGGUAACCUCAGGUCACCAUGCUGCAGUGAACUUUGGACAAUAUGCGUAUGCGGGCUAUUUCCCUAAUAGACCUACAACUGCUAGAUUGAAAAUGCCAAGUGAAGAUCCGACUGAUGAAGGUUGGAAAAUGUUUGCGGAAAAACCUGAAGUUGUACUUUUGACAACGUUCCCUUCACAGGUCCAGGCAACAAAAGUGAUGGCUGUUUUAGAUGUGUUAUCAAACCAUUCUCCUGAUGAAGAAUAUAUAGGAGAGAAAAUAGAGCCAGCCUGGGCUGAGGAUCCUAACAUAAAAGCAGCAUUUGAAAAGUUCGCUGGAAGGUUGAAGGAACUGGAAGGGAUUAUCGAUGAAAGGAAUGCUAAUCCAAGUUUGAAGAAUAGGAAUGGAGCUGGAAUUGUGCCUUAUGAGCUUUUGAAGCCAUUCUCUGAGCCUGGAGUUACAGCUCGAGGAGUUCCAUACAGUAUCUCAAUCUGAUGCUCUAAAUUUUUGUUAUCCUGACAUAAGAGACAAUAAUCGGGAAAAGAAAUUAAAGAAAGAGAGAAAGGAUGAAAUGUUUCCCCAACGGUCUGUCGUACUGGAAUUUGUAGAAUCCUGCAACUAAACAAAAUAUAUUACCACCUAUUUUUA